AUGGGUGCAAAUGGCUGGAGGGGAUCAAUGAUUGAUGAUUUCAAGUGCCAAGACAAUGAACUGCAUUUAAUUGAAAAUUUAAUAAACGAAUUAUCAGAGGCCGACACUCACUUAAUCGCUAAUCCAUAUUGCAGACCAAAACUAGUCAUUAAAUUAACAUCACAUUUAAUAUUUAUUUAUAUGGAAUGGGAUGACGUCAUGGUCAUACCCUAG